AAACACUAAUUUGUUUGAAGAUUAGCCAGAGAGCAGUUAUCAAGAUUAGAAGAUCUGGGAUCUUUCAAAACAUCUCAUUGUAUUAAGCAAGUACGAAGAACGGACCCUGGUCUAUGUAUGCGCCUAACGAUAAAACAGGAAUCUGAUUGGCUGGUUUACAAGGCGAGAGUCCCGGAUUUAGAAGCGGUUUAUAUUUAACACACUGAAGGCGCGUAACUCAGUUUGAAUUUGUCGAGAAGCGGUUUCUGAAGGUUCGGCUCAAGCAGUCUACAUUCACAAAUUGCAAAAUGCCUGGAGGUAAAGCAGGAAAGGACUCCGGGAAAGCGAAAGCAAAGGCUAUUUCGCGCUCACAGAGGGCUGGACUGCAGUUUCCAGUGGGUCGUAUUCACAGACACCUGAAGUCCAGGACGACCAGCCACGGGCGCGUCGGAGCCACCGCGGCGGUCUACAGCGCUGCUAUUCUGGAGUAUUUGACUGCUGAGGUACUUGAACUAGCAGGAAAUGCAUCUAAAGAUCUGAAGGUUAAAAGAAUCACCCCACGCCACUUACAGUUGGCAAUCAGAGGAGAUGAAGAGCUGGACUCCCUCAUUAAAGCGACUAUUGCUGGUGGUGGUGUUAUACCCCACAUUCACAAGUCUCUGAUUGGGAAGAAGGGACAGCAGAAGACCGUGUAAACAGCCUUGUAUUUUUGCUGUCUCUGGAAAGUGUUCAGCUGUUUGUGUGUUGGGGGGGGGGGGUAUUGGGUUUUUAUUAAAUAUCGUCUGGUUUUGCAUUUACUCAUUUCUGGGGUAUUAUUUUCAAACAUGGCUUCAGAGAAGCUUUUUUUCCCCUUUUAUAAUGCUUGGCUAGUCCUGUGUACCCUUUUUAAUUUGCAGUGUAACAUUUAGUCCUUUGAACUGUCGGAGGUUCAGGAUUUGAUUCUAAUAAAGCUCAAAUAUGAAGGUCCUUGUAAGUGUUAUUUUGGUGUAUUUAAACCAUUCAGACAGGUGUGAAGAAAUGCUAAUGUUUAAUAAUGAUUAGACUACAGGGGGACUACAAGUGUAUCAGGGAUGCGUGGUAGCAUUUAAGAAUAAAGAAUGUUAAAGUGUGAA